AUGCGGACAAGGUAUAUGGAGAGGACAAAUUCAACGAGUGGGAGAGGAAAAAGGACCUUGGAGAGUGGUGAUGAUGAAGAGCAGCAACCUGAUAAGAAAAGACCUGCUUUAGCUAGCAAGAUGAUAUUGUGUCCUAUAUCAACGAGGGCACUGUUCAUAAGUUGCAGUAGUGAGACCAACUAUGCGGAAUACACCUACAGAGACCUUGAGAGAGAAUCCUAUUGGCCUUCUAAGAAGCUCCGGAUUUGCAUUACGAGAGCUGGUGGAUUCAUUGCCUCACAUAUCGACUUGAAGCAGGUUUUAAGAGAUCGUUAA